CCUCUCUUUUUCUUCUUGGUGUCCGCCUGAGAGGAAGAGGAGAUAAAAUUAGAUGAAAACCAUGGAAACAGAGGAAGUCUUGCAAUAUACCCAUAGAACAAAACAAAAUCAAAACAUGUUUCCCAAGAAUGGACUUUCUGACUGCAAUUGAGUGGCUCGACCAACAGCCUACAAAUAUCUGGGCGGCUGAUGCUGGCGGAAACCACAAUCCUCCCUCUGAUCUAGUCUGGGAGACACAGGCCAACUGGGGAAUCGGAGACCAGUUCCAGACUACCUUGAUCAACGGAGAGGAAAUGGGGAUCAGCAAAGCCACUGGCACACGUUUGGAAGAUGAUGAUGGAAAUUCCGCUUCCACCGUGGGAUAGAGGAAACGGAAUUUCGGUUUCUUUGUGUGUCUUGACAUAUGAAGGGAUUGAGAAUAAAGCAGACUUUGACUUUUGACAUGGUCACAUUGUAAAAAUAUUGUAUAACAAUACAAUUAAAUGGGCAUUUUCUAAUGCAAUC